UCGGGACGUUCGCACGGUUCCUCUAACCCUAUACUUUGAUCGAGCAUUGUGUUACCGGCUUUCGGGUUCGAAAUUCGAACGAUACAAUCGUCACGAUGAGCUACCUUGAAAAAGUGGAUAAAUAUUUGGACUCCUUAAAAGUUGGCAAAAGUGCCGUGGUAGACUCAUGGUUUAUGAUGUCAAGUCCAUCUCCGAUAAUCUCCGUUGUGAUACUCUACCUCAUUGUGAUUCGAGUGGGACCACGCCUGAUGAAGAACCGUCCUCCGCUGAAGAUGAAUAAACUAUUGGCGUAUUACAAUGCAGCACAAGUGAUUUUAGCCAGCACGAUUUGUAUAAAGGCGUUAAGAAUGGAUUUCUUCAAAGAUGGAAUACUUUAUGCAGGAUGUAGAUAUUCAUCUUUAACUCAAAAUUCUAUGUUACUGGAUUUGGGAUGGUGGUAUUUCUUUGCGAAGUUCACAGAAUUAUUGGACACCGUCUUCUUCGUUUUACGAAAAAAGGAGAAACAGAUAUCGUUUCUCCACGUAUAUCAUCAUGUGAUCAUGGCGUUGUAUUCUUGGAGCUACCUCAAAUUCGCUGCUGGUGGAGAAGGGGCAAUUCUUGCUCUUCUUAACUCUAUGGUACAUGUGGUGAUGUACACAUACUACUUACUAUCUGGACUCGGCCCGCGGUUCCAGAAGUAUUUGUGGUGGAAGAAAUAUGUGACCAAAAUGCAACUGUUACAAUUUUUAUUGAUGCUGUCUUACUGUGCCUGGACUCACUUUUCACCUCGUUGCCAGUUCGCCACUGGAUUCACUUACUUCAUAUCUGGCAACGUGACUAUCUUCCUACUCCUCUUUUUGAAUUUCUACUUCAAGAGUUACAAAAUAAAGAAAGUAUCGGAUAAGACUGAAACAGAACCAAACAAUACAAAUGGGAUCACCAAUGGAAUUUGUAAGCCUAAAGGUUAUGGAACAGACAUAUAUGAGAAUGGUGAUAAUGUUCACAUAAAAGAUAAUAAAGAUAUCCCAGAAUUGGAAGAAAUUCCUUAUGAAGUUAAUAAAGCUUGCGGUGACUACGCUAAAAGAGGCAAAAUUUACCUGACAAGGCGUACGGCCAAGGCUGCAUUUGGCCCUGAAUACGAUUUUGAUAGUAUAAUAAAGAAAUGA